CAGAGCCUCAGACUCCGAGCUAUGGAAUAAGACAAGGAGACAGAUUUAUGGUUGGAGAUGUCGUACAGGAUACUCUCUUCAGGGCAAUGCCCAUAACACCUGCAUGCCUGGGCCUGUCAGAAGAUGGAACUACCCUGUUCCUUUAUGUCUUGCUCAGUGUGGUGGGUCCAUGACAGAUGUAAGUGGAGUGAUUCUCAGUCCUGGUUACCCCGGCACCUACCCCAGUGGAUUAGACUGCACAUGGACAGUCAACUUAUCUGUCGGCUUUGGUAUCCAUCUCCAGUUUCUGAAUUUCUCCACCGAAGCGAUCCACGAUUACCUAGAGAUCCGCAGUGGAACGCUGGAGACAGGCUCGGUCAUUGACCGGUUCAGCGGCCCAGUCAUCCCCAAGCCUCUGUUCAGCACCACGCACCAGACCAGCUUCUUCUUCCAAAGUGACUAUUCACAAAACAAACCAGGGUUCCACAUCACAUAUCAAGCCUACCAGCUCCAGAGUUGCCCCGAUCCAAGGCCUUUUCGAAACGGCAUCGUGAUUGGCACAGACUUCAGCGUUGGAAUGACGGUGUCAUUUGAAUGUCUGGCUGGUUAUUCUCUGAUCGGGGAUGCCUCACUCACAUGUUUACAUGGAAUCAGCAGGAACUGGAACCACCCACUGCCAAGAUGUGAAGAACCAACCAAAACCAGCUGUGAUAACCCGGGAACACCACGCUACGGCUCUCUAAACAGGACCUACGGUUUCAAGGUGGGUAACGUGGUGUCAUUUCAGUGCCAGCCUGGCCAUUUGAUUCAGGGCUCCUCCUCUAGAACCUGCCAGCCUGAUCUGACAUGGAGUGGAACACAACCUGAGUGCAUACCCCAUGCCUGUAAGCAGCCCGAGAGCCCGCUCCAUGUGGACGUGGUGGGGAUGGAUCUGCCUGGAUUUGGCUACACCUUGGUGUACAGCUGUCAGCAUGGCUACUUCCUGGCAGGGGGUUCUGAACACAGAGUCUGCAAGAGUGACGGGACUUGGACUGGAAAAAUGCCUAUAUGUCGAGGUUAAAAAAUAUAUAUUUCUAUGAAUACUAUCCUCUUUCUAUUUAAAGUAUCUAUUGCAUUUGAUUGAAUGUUUUACCUAAAACAAUUAAGUAUUACAAAUAGAGAUAAGCAAACAGGUGGCAGAUUUGAACAUGCCUUGCUCAAAGUCACUGUGUCAGUAAAGAUGUCGGAGCAAUCUGGCCAUCUUGAAUCAGACGAGAUAUCUGCACAGGCUGGUCAAUCUUCUGGCAGCACUGUAAAAAAAAAAGAAAAAAAGAGAUAACACAAUAUCCCAUUGUGGUCUUUCAUCCUUCGUUAAAUGAACACGGUCAGACCCUUUCAGGCCAGGUUAUGAAUUGAUCACAUCUCAUGGGUCCAUUUCUCAUCCCCCCCAUCAACUUUACUGCAGCUCACAUUGACAGAAUGAUUGUGUUGAGCUUUACUGUGAUCUGUUGAACCCUAGCACGUGUCUGUUGGAUAUAACAAACUUAAAAGUAAAGCAUUCGUCAAACAGUGGAUGUUUCAGGGAUGAGUAUGGGUCCAGUGAAGAUUCUCUCUGAUCUCCAAGUUACCAAAAUGUGUGCACAGUACACACAGACAGCUUACAUCUCCUUAAACUGAGUUAUAUCUCGAAUGAGACUUUUGCUUUUUGUAAAUAUAAACACAGUUUGGAUGAUGAUGGAUUAGAUACCUGUGUGUUAAUAGAGAUCAGUCAGACAGGGACUAAUUCUAAGGCUACAGUUUAUUUAAUUUUCCCACUCCAGUGUCUUCUCGAUCUAUAUACAGUAUGUCCGAUGUUGAGCUGUAAGGUGACCUAAUGUAUACGACCAUAGAAUACUCACCAGUACAAAGUGCUUAAACUACAUCAAAACAAUCCCACUAUAUAGUCUGUAGGAGAUGUUGUGGAGCUUUAAAUUGCUUCAAGCAAUCUUCUUCAGCAGACUGAGUUUGCCCAGCUGCCGUGGAAUUACAGAUGUUCAAGUUUCCACUUUUCUGAGCACUUUAAGCAUUUCUUAUCAGGGUUUGUUUAAAAGUUGGGAUUGAAAGUGCCUUCCAGAGCUUUGAAACAAACCAAUCUCACCACCAAGUUCAUUUGGUGGUUGUUCUGCAGCCUUUUUGAUUAAAUCACUUCCCUCAAUACUUUUGUAAACUGUGAAGUGUGGCUGUUAUAACAAUGUGUUUAUUUUUUAAUAAAUAACUCAAAAAGAAAUGUAGAUGAUAGAGUUUUGGAUCAACCUUAGCACAAGGGGGGUGGGGGGACAGCGAGCUCCAACCUAGACAUGAUUCCACUAAGGCUGGCCCCCUCUAACCCUGAGGUGGCCUUUUUAAAUUGGAGCACUCUUUGAUCCAAUUUGAGAUUCUAGGACAAAAAGCCCUCUGUCUUUGCUUGCCUCUCCUUGUUGGCAACAAUGGCUGCAUCUUGAAGUGACGAUAAGAGGCUGCUCUGAAUGGCCAAACCCAGAGUGCCUUAAGGCCACUUUUAAAAGGAUCUAAUAUGCACUACAAUUAUCGGUCAGGAACUCUAUUUGCAUUGCACGGCCUACAAAUAACCAUUAGAGAGGUUUAUUUUGAGGGACCUUUUUCUGCACACUUGUCACUUACUAUUCGCAUGUGUGACUAAUAGUCACCAACACUGCAUGGUAAUUUGGUAAUAUAAAGUCCUUUCUCCUGCAUAAGGUGGUUUUCUGGGGAUUUGAGAUGAUGGCUCUGUAAGUUUAACAAGAGGCAAACAUUUUAAUAUCUUUUCAUACUGAGUCCCUGCAGCUCUGCUCAUGUAUUUUAAUAUCUCUUUUCCCACGUUUGUUUGUUUCUGUGUGUGUGUGUGUGUGUGUGUGCGUGCGUGCGUGCGUGCGUGCGUGCGUGCGUGCGUGCGUGUGUGUGCGAGUGUGCUAGUGGGCGAGUGUGUGUGCGUGCGUGCAUGUUGAGAUCCGGUUGAGAUCCCCGCAUCCGAGGCCGCGUGGCCCCUCGGUGCUGGCGGCGGAUCGUCACUCAAAAACUCUCCCUCUCUGUGUGUGUGUGUGUGUGGCCGGAGAGAAGAAAAAAACCUGUGAAACCAGCAACAGGUACUCCAAGCCCCAAACUUAAUGUUCCAGAUGAUGUCUUUGCUCCUAACUACAUAUGGAAAGGUUCCUGCAAUUACCGUGGGAGUAAGCAGCCUAUGACACUGAGUAUCACCAGCUUCAACUCCACAACUGGAAGAGUCAAAGUUUCCCUUAGCAACGGCAACAUGGACCUGCUGCUAUCAGGCAUGCUGGAGUAUAGAUACUUACACCCUUUAUGAUUUAUGUCCAGUGUUUAGUACAUGGUGCUUUACAUGUCACACAGUAUUAGGGUUAUACUCUCUGUCAAACAGUACAUGGAUCAUUAGGUAGCAACGUAAAUAAACCAGGGUUCCCACUCGUCCUGGAAAACCUGGAAAACACCUGGAAAAUGAGAGAAAAAGUAAAAUGUCCUGGAAAAUCACGUGUUGUCCUGGAAAAUGAUUCCAACACUCUCCUACAGGGUUGGACAUUUUCACCGCCACACGUUAAUAAAAGUAUCUAUUUGUUACAUAAUCCACAACGCAGAUUGAAUGGAAGUCUAUAGAUAAUGUAAUGGCUCCGCCUCCCCCUCGUGUCAAAAGUGAAUAUUUAUUUACAAUUUAAUUGAAAGGAUGGAGGUAGAAUUGUGCUUUCUCCUUGGUUUGAGGUCAGCACAUUAACAGUAGUUAGUUAACGUUAUUAAUGACAUGCUAGCUUGCACUGAAUCUCUCUCUCUAGUCGGUCUUUCUUGCUAGCUGCUGUCUCACUUCCAGGACUGUGUUCUAUUAUGACUUUGUGCCUGACAAAAGUGAUAGUGAAAUACAAUUAGUUUCAUAUGUUUGAUAAAUGCCAAUUGGCAAUGUUUAUAAACUGCAGAUUGGAAAAGAUAACCGUGUCACGUGUGAAAAAAUGCAUUUAUAUGCACAAUGAAUGAUGUAUGAGUCAAACACGGGCCGAAGACUGGCUAACGUUCCUUUUACUUUGCUAGCAUUGUCUCUUCAAAUGCAAUACUGCGUUGUUAAAGGUAAGAAAUUGACCAUAACAUGAUAUUAAGUGUUUAACCUUUGAAGCGGUACUUCACAGUGGAUGUGAUUAGCCUUGUUAAAGACUAAACUUAAUAUUGGCAUGGCACGAUCACGGACUGUCAUACCAGUUCGAUCAUCGCUGAAAAUGUCCUGGAAAAUGAUCUCUGGAAAAGAGUGGGAACCCUGAGAGUUCUUACAUGCAUCUCCUGGCCCAAAGGAGCCGUUUUAGUUAUCUCCUUUCUUUGUUAUUGCUGCAGAAUCUUCUGAUCUGUAAAUCUAUUGCAUAUAUAUUCGGGAGCAUUCACCACCUAUAUUUUUGUGCUAUAUAUUUAACACAAGGGGGGGGCUGAAGGGGAAAGACAGAUUAUACCUGAGAGUUUUUAGAAAAAAUGAAAUCGAUGAAAGAUAUUUCUAUGUGUUGUUCACAGAGGUCACAAAAAGUAUUUAAGUUCAUUUUGAAAUGUUUUUUUUUUUCUUUUCUUUGUGUGACUUAAAGUUUCUCUCACCAUCACUGUCUUUCCCACUGAGGCAAUCAAGAGUGUCAUGGGUAUUAUAGUUGUCAUUAUUGUUGAGAUGUUAGGUUUGCCAGCAACAAUCACGCUGUUUAUAGUGAAUGUCUCAAACAUUCAUCACAGAGGGCAGAUUUCUAAUUUAUUCAUUGCUGGAGGUUGUGUUUUGUCUGCCAUUUCUUUGCCUCCUCUUCACUGGAGCUGUUACAGAUCUGUCCUCCAUUAUGGUCCCCAUUGUGUCCCAGACAGUAUUUAAAUGCUGGAAUAACAGCGCUGUUUUCAGAACCUAACCAGUGAUGUUAUGUCACCAAAAUUUGCACAUCAAACUUCAAACAGAUGCUGGGGGUUUUAAGCUACACUUCUCAGAUAUCGAUAAAGUCAGUGUUGUCUCGGAAAUAUAAAAAUAUCAGUUCUAAAAUAAUUCUAGUAUUUUGUUUAUACACGACCAGAGCUGUAUCUAGGUCUGGCUAAUUAAUGUUAAUUACUGCUCUGCAUAAAGUCUGUAGGUGAGGACCUACAGAAAAAAAGAUAAAAGUCUGUUCAAGUUUCUUUCAUGAGGAACUCAUCGUACAAGG